AUGAUACGCCUCCUCCAGCUGCCCAGCGGCCUAGCUGCCGCUUUGCUGGCCGCCGUGUGUUUCAAUGCCGGCCAUGCGACAGCCGCUCCGUCGGUCGAUGUGGCCAUGAAGGCUGCCUUUCCUUCACCACCCUACCUCCUAGAGCUCCUUGAGACCGCUGCGGGCGAGAAUGCGACAACCUACUUCCCCCUUCUCGACCGGAUCGCCGACGGGUCCUUCGCCGAUGCGACAACAGACCAAGCCUUGUAUGAGAAGUUCCUCGAGGUGCUACAGCAGGAUGGGCACAUGGCAGAUCCCGAGGCUCUGUCCACCUUCAAGCUGGCUCUGGCCAUGAGAUCGGCAGCUCCCAGGAUAGAAGCCCACUACCAGUACUAUGACACGGCGGUAAAGCCUACUGUCCAGGGCUCCAGCGACGACUGUGCCGAUUGGAUAUUGCUCGAGGGCAGGCAAUACUGCUCUGCAUCAUUAUCAAACGCUGAAGGGCCAAUCAGUAGCGUCUCGCAAUCGCGACUUUUACCCUUUGACCGCACCCUAGGCAGAGGGCCAGAGGCCGUGCUCUAUGCCGACAUCACCAAACCGAGCUUCGCCUCGUUCCAUCAUACUCUCUCCGACCUGGCUCGGAAAGGCGAGAUUUCAUACCGUCUCCGAUACCGCCUGGAUGACAGAGACCAUCUUGCGCGGCUGCCCAUCAGCGGCUAUGGAGUGGAGUUGCAGCUGAAGAGAACUGAUUACAUCGUCAUUGACGAUCGCGAGGCCGAGUCCACGACCGACGGCUCUAAGUCGACGAAUUCUGGGGUGGAUCUGAAUGCCGACGACGACGUCGCAGACUUGAAGCCGCUUUCCAGCUCGGAACUUGCCAACCUUGGCGUCAAGGCUGCCUCAUUCAUCAUGCAGAGCGAGAACCCAUUCGAUUCCCUCCUCAGACUAACUCAGGAUUUCCCCAAGUACUCUACAUCCAUCGCCGUCCACAAUGAGUCGCAGGAUUUUCUACGAGAACACUACGCCAACCGAGCCCAGUUGGUUCCCGCGGGCAUGAACGUCCUGUGGAUGAACGGCGUUCAAAUGAUCGAAAGGCAGAUUGACCCGUACACUCUGGUUGAUCUACUGAGGAGGGAGCGAAAGCUCAUCAAGGGCGUCACAGAUCUGGGUCUGACUGGGAAGCAGGCAGUGUCCUUGCUGGGACACCGCGAAGUCACCGUGGCUAAAUCCAACGACGAGAUCCUCCGCUUCGACUGGAGAGAUGAGAUCGAGGACGGCCGCGUGAUAGUCUGGCUCAAUAAUAUUGAGAAAGACAAGCGGUACGCAGAAUACCCAACUAGCCUCAUGGCUCUCAUGCAACGAACCUACCCCGGUCAAAUACCGCCGGUCAGAAAGGACCUCUUCAAUCUCAUUGUUCCUGUAGAUUUCACAGACCCCGAAGACUUGAUGUUGGUUGUUGACCAGCUGAGAGGCUUCAUCACCAGACUUCUCCCGAUCCGUUUUGGUCUCGUUCCCCUGACUUCAACUCCCGAAGCUGAACAGCAGGCCAAGAUUGUGUAUUACUUGCUCGAGAACCAUGGUCUUGCUUCGCUUAUGGCAUACCUAGACGCUUGCAAUACUGGCAAGCAGCUACAGAAGGUAGAGCAGUCCAAGUUCGAGAAGGCAAUCAAGGACCGGCCUCUGAGGGAAGAAGCAACGCAAUUGUCCUUCUCCGAGAUUUUCGAUUCCGACUACUACGCUAAACAAAUCGAGCAUGCCAAACAUUGGGUUGACAGACUGAAUGCUGGCACAGCUAUUCCUCCCGUCUUCAUCAAUGGCCAGGCUAUUCCCCGUGACAAGAACUGGCUUCAAGAGAUGAGCAUGAAGCUUGGAACGGAUUUGCAGAUGAUCCAGCAAGGAAUUUACAUGGGCCAAGUCGACGAGGAUAUGUGGGUUCCCAAUCUGUUUCUCGAAGGGGCCCCGACACGACGCAACGUUUAUAUCUUCCCGGACACUGAAAACCAGCUCACUGUCCUAGAUGUCAACAAGGUCUAUACGGAGCACGACGACCUGUUCAGCCUCGCCCCGGUCAUCGAAGCAAGCCCGGAUUCGAGCAAGGAGACGUGGGCAGUCCUGACAGUGGUCGCCGAUUUCACCAACAAAGCUGGCUUGAAGCUGCUUCUGGCGGCUUUGGAGUUUCGUCGUAAUGAUCCCGGUGUACGACUGGAUAUUAUCCACAGCCCUUCAACUUUGGAGGACGGGUUCAGGGUCAAUUCUCUCUUGAAAAACGACGUGGCCAAGUUGUUGGAAAUUGAAAAUUUGGAGACCUUGGAAGUCCUCGUCACGGGCAAGGCAAACGAUGAAUCUGAUAACGCAAAAUACGACAUGGCUUUGGCGAGAUUCCUGGCUGCUGCCGGAUUCCAACCCGGAGCUCAGCUUCUUUUGCUUAAUGGCCGUGUGGUGGGUCCCAUUGCGACUGAAGCAGACUUCAAGGAGGAUGACUUCCAGCAAUUGCUCGAAUUUGAACAGGCAAACCGCAUCUUACCCGUCUACCAGGCGAUUGAGUCUCUCAACCUCGUCGAUAAGAUGUCUGGACCUCUAGCAGCUGCCAAGAUGACCUCUAUCACUGCACUCUCCACAAUCUCUGACCUGCCGGAGGGGAUCUUUGAGUCAACACCAACCUUGAGAACUGCAGUCUUCGACGAAUGGGGGUCUAACCACACUAUGAUUUCAGUGGGAGAUGAGUCCACUGCAAACAUCCACCUGGUGGCCGUCGUAAAUCCAGCAAGUGAGCAAGGCCAGAAGUGGGCUCCUAUUCUCAAAGUUUUGUCAGAGUUGGAUGGAGUCUACCUACGAAUUUUCCUGAACCCCAGAGAAAGGCUGGACGAACUUCCGGUCAAGCGUUUCUACCGAUAUGUGCUUGACUCGGCACCAUCUUUCGAUGAGUCUGGCAAGGUCCGUUCCCUCAAUGCUCACUUCAAGGGCAUUCCCUCCGAAGCCUUGCUCAAUCUUGGCAUGGAUGUGCAACCUGCAUGGCUCGUCGCUGCGAAAGAGUCGGUCCACGACCUUGAUAACCUGAAGUUGAGCUCGAUCAACUCAGACGUCGAAGCAAUUUACGAGCUCGAGAACAUCUUGAUCGAGGGGCACUCCAGGGAAUCCACAGGUAGUCCUCCACGAGGUGUACAGCUGCUCCUGGGUACUGAAUCUGACCCUCAUUUUGCUGAUACCCUGAUCAUGGCCAACAUUGGCUACUUCCAGUUCAAGGCGAACCCAGGCUACUACAACAUUCAGCUCAAGGAGGGAAGGAGUUCUGAUAUCUUCACCAUCACGAGCAUCGGCGCCAAGGGGUUCAACCCUGCUGCCGGUGAUGAUGGCACUGACGUAGCUUUGAUGGACUUCCAGGGCACAACAUUGUACCCGCGCCUGAAGCGCAAGCCUGGCAUGGAAACUGAGGAUGUCCUCGAGGAGUCGGACGCGGGUGGCGAUCUCCUUUCACGAGGCCUCAAGUUUGCCGAGGGUAUUCUGGGGGGCUCCAAGUCAAAGACCAAGUCCGUCUCGGAUACGGAGCAUGCCGAGAUCAACAUUUUCUCCGUCGCCAGUGGUCACUUGUACGAGCGAAUGCUGAACAUCAUGAUGGUGUCCGUCAUGAAAAACACGAAGCACACCGUCAAGUUCUGGUUCAUUGAGCAGUUCCUUUCCCCAUCGUUCAAGGAGACUAUCCCGCAUCUCGCAGCCGAGUACGGCUUCAAGUAUGAGAUGGUCACCUACAAGUGGCCCCACUGGCUGCGGCAGCAAAAGGAAAAGCAACGCGAGAUCUGGGGCUACAAGAUCCUUUUCCUCGAUGUCCUGUUCCCCCUUUCACUCGACAAGGUCAUCUUUGUCGACGCCGACCAGAUCGUGCGCACCGACAUGAUCGACCUUGUCAACCACGACCUGCAGGGCGCCCCGUACGGCUUCACGCCCAUGUGCGACUCGCGCACCGAGAUGGAGGGCUUCCGCUUCUGGAAGCAGGGCUACUGGGCCAAUUAUCUGCGCGGGCUGCCGUACCACAUCUCGGCACUGUACGUGGUGGACCUGCGGCGAUUCCGCGAGCUGGCGGCCGGCGACCGCCUGCGCCAGCAGUACCACACGCUGUCGGCGGACCCGCAGAGCCUGAGCAACCUGGACCAGGACCUGCCCAACCACAUGCAGUUCCACAUCCCCAUCCACAGCCUGCCCCAGGAGUGGCUGUGGUGCGAGACGUGGUGCAGCGACGAGAGUCAGGCCGCCGCCCGCACCAUCGACCUCUGCAACAACCCCCAGACCAAGGAGCCCAAACUCGACCGCGCCCGCCGCCAGGUCCCCGAGUGGACCGUCUACGACGAUGAGAUCGCCGGCCUCGCCCGCAAGUUCAAGACCGGCGCCCUGACCGGCGAGGAGCAGCAGAGCGUCCUCGGUGGCGGUGGCAGUUCUGCGGCUGGGGAGAAGAGCGAUGUCGAGGCCGAGAAGAACACCAAGAGCCGGCGCUUCGAGGAGGAGGCCGAGACUAAGACUAAGGAGCAUACCAAGGACGAGUUGUAG